AUGGUGAAGGCAUACCUCCGAUAUGAAUUGAGCAAUACAUUUGGAGUCGUCACAUCAAACUCUGCACUCGUGCACGACAACAGUGGAAAAUCUGUUGUCACUGCUGCACUUGAGAAUGUCGCGGUUUGGAACAUACGACAAGGCACUUUGGUGCGCAUGCUGGUGCCGCCAACAUCUGCAGAGGGCAGGGCACCAGCAGAGGUGACACAGCUGGCGGCAGCCCCUGCCUCGCCCCACGUCGCUGCUGGCCACUCCGAUGGCACCAUCCGCAUCUGGAACCUGGAGACUGGGGACUGCGAGGUGACAUGGACGGGGCACAGGAGGGCGGUGACAGCGCUGCGCUACAACAGGAGUGGGGGCAUGCUGGCGUCCGGCUCGCAGGACACUGACAUCAUCCUGUGGGACGUCGUGGGCGAGACCGGCCUGUUCCGGCUGCGCGCCCACACCGCUGAGGUCACUGACCUGGCGUUUGUGGAACGCUGCAACGUGCUGGUAAGUGGGAGCAAGGACGGCUACGUGCGCGCGUGGGACCUUGGCACCCAACACUGCUUCCAGACCGUACUAGGCCAGCAGGGCGAGGUGUGGUCGCUGGAUGUGGAUCCCUUUGAGCACCAGCUGGCGGUGGGGGGCGUGAGCGCCCAGGUGCACCUGUUCAGGCUGGGGGGCGAUGCCUCAAAUGCAGGCGAGGCGGGACCUUCAGGCCGUGAGGCACGCACCAAGGAGGUAUUGCAUGCGGAGGGCAGCGUUGCGCGACAGGCGCCGGAGCGAGUGGCACUGCUGCGAUACAGCCCAACGGGCCAUGUGCUGGGUUGCCAAAGUGCUGGCAAGGUCCUGGAGCUCUUCAGAUUGAGGUCUGAGAAGGAGGCGCGGAAACACAUGCAGCGGCGGAAGAAGCGGAAAAGAGACAAGGCUUCCGGAGGGGACGCAGAGCAGACCGGCACAGCUGUCCAGGAGGCCGAUGCAGCUGGUGAUGCCAUUAUGGCAUCCGACCUCUUAGCGCCCCUGCAAGUGCUCCGAGCAAAAGCAAAGAUCAAGGCAUUUGCGUACGGGAAGCAGAAUGCCAAGGGAGUGGUGGCCACUGUCACGCUGGCGCUCUCCAACAACCUCAUAGAGAGCUGGAGCGUGACGGAGGAGGAGUGCAAGCGGCUGAGGGCUGUGGAUGCCCCGGGGCACCGGUCGGGCGUGCGCGCAUUGGCGCUGUCAUCGGACGACGCCGUUCUGCUGUCGGCCGCUGCCGGCGCUGUCAAGCUGUGGAACCCGACCUCCGGCGCCUGCCUUCGCAGCAUCGAGACCGGCCAGGGGCUGUGCGCGCUGUUUGCGCCGGGCAACAGGCACGCGGUGGUGGGCACAAAGGAGGGCAGCAUCCAGAUCCUGGACAUCGGCGCCUCCGAGGUCUGCGACACCAUCGCAGCCCACACCGCUGCGGUGUGGUCGGUGGUGGCGCUGCCGGACAGCAGCGGCUUUGUGAGCUGCAGCGCGGACCACGACGUCAAGUUCUGGGAGUGGGAGGUCACCACCGAGGCGCCGGCUGCCGGCGCGGCCGCGGGGCCGGCCGCGCGACGGCUGGGGGCGCGGCACGUGCGCACGCUGAAAAUGGCCGACGAUGUGCUCUGUGCGCGCAUCAGCCCCGACGGCCGGCUGCUCGCCGUCUCUCUGCUUGACUCCACAAUCCAGGUGUUCUUCAUGGACACGCUGAAGUUCUUCCUGUCGUUGUACGGGCACAAGCUGCCGGUGCUGAGCAUGGACAUCAGCAGCGACUCGACGCUGCUCAUCAGCGGCUCCGCCGACAAGAACAUCAAGAUCUGGGGCCUCGACUUCGGCGACUGCCACCGCUCCAUCUUCGCACACUCCGAUUCCAUCAUGCAGGUGGCGUUUGUGCCGGACACGCACUAUGCCUUCACGGUGGGCAAGGAUGGGCUGGUCAAGUACUGGGACGCCGACCGGUGGGAACUGCUGCUCACCCUGGAGGGCCACAAGGCAGAGGUGUGGUGCCUGGCGGUGAGCCGCGCGGGGGACAUGUGCGUGAGCGCGGGCGCGGACCGCUCGCUGCGCGUGUGGCAGCGCACCGAGGAGCCCUUCUUCGUGGAGGAGGAGAAGGAGAAGCGCCUGGAGUCCCUCUUCGAGGCCGAUCUCGAGGAGAAUGCGGCGAGCAAGCAGACGGGGCUAGAGGAGGCUCCGGCUGAGACAGGCACGGCGUUGGCGGGGCGGCAGACGCUGGAGGUGCUGUCCGGCGCAGAAAGCAUCGCCGACGCCCUCGAGCUUGCCGCCGCUGAAGCCGAGCGCCACAGGGCAUUUGCUGCCGAGGCGGCGGCGGCCGGCGCGCCCGGCAAGGCGCCGCCGGCAAACCCGCUGCUGGCUGGGCGCAGCGUGGAGGAGUAUGUGCUGGCGGCUGUGGGCCGAGUGCGCGCCGGGGACCUGGAGCAGGCUUUAUUAGUGCUGCCCUUCUCCGACGCGCUGCGCCUGCUGCACUACCUCUGCUCCUGGCUCGCGCGUGGCUCCCGGGUGGAGCUGGUGAGCCGGGCGGCUGCGCUGUUGGUGCGGCUGCACCACGCGCAGCUGCUGGCGACCCCAUCGGCGCGCGCCCCCCUGGUGCGGCUGCGGGGACUGCUGCGGCAGCGCACCCAGGGCCUCAAGGACACCCUCGGCUUCAACCUGGCCGCCAUGGCACACCUCCAGCGCGCACUCAAGGACCGCCAGCAGUCCGCCAUGGCCUGA